AAAUGCAACUUAACUUAAUCUUUUGUCCGCACUUUGUCAACGUCCGUGGACACUAUUUCAAAUCGUGUGUUUAACUAAAUGGUUGCAAUUAACCGCCAUGGAAUAAUCAAGACGAACCUCAAAUCGAACCGGAAUGCGUAGCUGUGCAGAAUAUGGUUAGGGUUCAGAGAAUUUCGAAGAUUUUUGCCUCUAUUCUGCUCCUCCACCAUGUAGCCACUCAAUCAUCCAAGCCUAGACAAUUGUUCCUGAAUAUGCUGCAAGAUAUGACUCGGAUGAGCAAUGGGAAUUUCGUCAUCCAAUACCCUAGCCGGUCUCAUUCGAGAAUCCAACUGAAUUACCCCAAAUCGAUGCCAUUUCCGUGCAAGAACUUCACGGGAGUGGGCUUGGGGAGGUCCCAUCGGAGGCCUACCAGUGUUCACAAACUGCGCCCUGGAGACAUCGAUGUUAUUGGGGCUUUAGGGGACUCUUUGGUGGCAGGAAAUGGCGCUAUGGAAGAAUACGCUUUGGGGACAAUGAUCGAAAACAGAGGAGUGUCUUGGUGCAUAGGAGGUGAAGGCACAUGGAGAGACUUUCUAACUCUCCCCAAUAUUCUGAAGGAAUUCAACCCCAACUUGAAGGGCUACUCAACCGGGACUGGAGAGUUUUUGUCCUCCAACGCAAAGCUGAAUGUGGCUUUUCCAGUGGCUGCCGAUGCUGAUGCUCUAAGACAAGCCAAAAUUUUGAUUAAAAAAAUGAAAUCCGAUCACCGCAUCAACAUGAACGAAGACUGGAAAAUGAUCACGGUUUUUUUUGGAGCCAACGACAUUUGCUCAGCUCAAUGCUACAACAAGGAGGAGGCGUCAGCUCGAAGCCACGCCCGCAAACUGAUGAAAGCUUUGGACUAUUUAUAUGAACAAUUGCCCCGAACUUUCGUUAAUUUGGUGCCGGUUUUGGACGUUUCAGUUAGCGUCCGGAUCAAAAGGACCAUGAUGUGCCACUUGUUUCAUCGCCUGUUCUGCGCCUGCUUCCAUGAAGGAGGCAACGAAAUGGAUGUUAUCACCACCUUGACUAGAGAAUAUCAACGAGCUGAAGAAGAACUGGUGUUGAGUGGACGAUACGACAAACGAGAGGAUUUCACGGUGGUUAUUCAGCCAUUCAUCAAACUGUUCAAUGCCCCGACGGAUCCAAUGAGGAGGUUCUCAGAAGUGAUUGAUAUCUCCUAUAUCACUCAUGAUUGCUUCCACUUCUCGCAAAAGGGCCAUGCCUUAGGGGCCAACAUGCUGUGGAACAAUUUGCUGCAACCAGUCGGCUUGAAGAGUCAGAAGAAGCUGAACUAUGUGCUGGAGAAGUUCGAGUGUCCAAAAUUAAAUGCUCCUUAUCUAUUCACUAACAAGAACACAAGAAAUUAUUUUACUAACGGGUUUCAAUAGAUAGGCACUAGGCACAAAUUAUAACAGUGACAAGAAAGUACUGAAUAAACAUUGUUAGAGACACAGAAACACCAGGACUCGGGUAAAAUGUAAAAUUCUGUAAUGCAAAAAUAAUGGUUUCCUUGGAAAGUUCCUAAUAGAAUUGCAUCUGUAUUUUUUAACUCAGCACAACAUGUUUACUAGCAAAAACGAAUAGUUACGUUUGCGAUUUUAAAAAACCUGGCCAUGAAUUUGUGUAAAUGCCAAGAGAAAACAAGUAAUUCGGAUUCAGGCAAAUAAGUUAUACAAGUUUACGGCUGGCGUCCAAAACAAGAUAACAUAAAAUAAGAAUAAAAAAAAACAAUUUCUGUACUGGGGAAACAUUACAGUACAAUCUAAUAGUAUUGUACAACAGCUUGGGAAAAAUAUGUGGGUGGAACAAGGCAAAGUUUUGAAUGCGUGUAGUGAAAAGAGAAGGUUAGUUAGUUAGUAGAUAGACAACGGCUGGAAGCUUGUUUUUCUCUUUCUAGUCCAGACAAUCUGUGAUCUGCCUUGUUCCACUAACGCAUUUUUGUAAUUAAAAAUCGUUUAGAUGAGUGCAUUUUUUAGCAACCAAACUAAUUAGUCAAUUAGCAAAAAACUAGUAUUGGAAACUCGAUAAUCGUUAGAUUGCUCUGCUAGAAAAAAACUCGCUCUUCAUUUGAAUUGUCGUGUAAUUCGAAAAAAAUUAAACAAAUUUAUAGCCUGGGGGCACCAAAAAUGCGUAAUGAUAGCUAAUAUUAGAAAGUUUCUAGAAAUAUGAAAUAGGCUUUUCUUUUAUACGGUGUCUAAGCCAUAAAGAGCUUGCUUUGUUAGCUUUUAAACAAUUAAUUCAUAAAUUCGUCUUUGCAGAACUAGGGCUAAUUUGGAAAAUGUGCCUAAAAAUGAAACUUGAGAAACCAAAAAUGAGAUUCUAAAUGGAAUUUUGGAGGUACGGUUCAGGCAUAAGUAAAAUGCAAUUAACCGGAUUAAUUUAAGUUGGUGGAAAACAUGGGAAUGGAACAAAGCAAGGGGCCCAAUGGGUGCAUGAAAAAGAGACAACCGCUCUUUAUGUGUCUAAAGCAACGGCUGCAAGUCCGCUUCGUCUCUUUUUAGUACAUUUACUUAGCUAUCUUCCUUAGCUUUUGGCGACAGCGAUUGAUGUAGAACUUUGUUGAUAAUUUUGUUUUCAGAAACUGUUAGAACGUUUCUCGUAAAACCGAGCACAGUGAUCUACUGAUAUGGACGCUGUUUUUUUUGCCUAAUCAAUCCAUUUUGUAAAUGUCUAGAAAACCUUUGCAAAAUCCAUUUUUUCUGUAUUGACCAUCAUUUGUUGAAAACUGGAUAACGACCAAAUUUCUUAAUCAGCUUAUUAAUAAGCUUUAGCAUCUGACCGCUGGCAUCUAGAAAUGUCGAUUUAGAAGUCACUUGAAUAAAAAUGAACGUAAUAAGGUAACGUAAAGACAAAUCAAAUUAAGCAUUUGAAUCUUAGCUGGUGCAAAAUAGGUGAGUGGAGCAAGGAAAGGUUUAAAAUACGUGAUUUAAUAAAAGAGGGGGCCCACGAUUUCUCCAAGGCAACGGCUGUAAUUGUGCGUCUUCUCUUUCUAGCGCAGAUGCUAAAUUAUCUGUCUUGUUCCACUCGCAUUUUAUUUCGCAGUUAUCAAUCUUUGUGUAUUUUGAGAAAAAAUGUGUUACAAAGUUUUGAAAAAUGGAAUAUCAAGAGAUUUUUUAACUGUUUGAUGAUGUUUUUGAACAUUUUUCAGACGUGUUGUCCUGACUUUAGCUCUUAAAUGUCGGAAACUCGAUAAUCGCCAGAUUUCUCGCACAUAAUCUCUUUAUUUGAACUACGGUUUAACGUAGAGGCAAAUUUAAAUUCAGAAUUUUAAUUUCAGCUGUUGGAUAACAUGUGAGUGGAACAAGGAAAUGUUUAAAAUGCGUGAACUAAAAAGAAAAGACUGAACUAAAAAGAGCGAUUCUGCUUUUUCUAGUGCAUCUGCUUACUGGUCUAUCUUGUUUCACGCAUAUAUUAUUUCGCAGUUGAAAUUCGUUCAGAUGGGUGUCUUUUUUUGGAAAGAAGGCUAUUUUCUGCAUACAAACCUUGGAAAAAUGAAAUAGAAUUAAAUUUUUGAACAAAAUUUGACGUUGUUUCAAGUAUGUUAUGUUAACUUUAUCUCUAAGGAUUUGGAAACUAGAUAAUCGCCCGAUUGUUAUCGUAGAAUCCCUUCACUUGAACACAAAAUUGCAAAUUAAAUAUACAGAGUUUGUGUUUGAUCAGUAAGCAACAUUUGAUUCAUAAGACAUUCUUUUUUAAAUACAUUUAACAAGAGCUUUUCACUAUAAAUUUCGAUUCACAUGAA